GAUUCCCCUCUCUCCAUCUCUCUCUCUCUCUCUUUCUCUUUCUCUCUCUCCACCUUAAUGGCUUAAAGCAUCCUUCCAUUUCCAUCCAGCUCAAACGCUCACAGACACACAUAGCAGCAGAAUCUUUACAGAAACUCACACCCCAAGAAACCAUAUAAACAUAUAAUAUAAUAUAUAUUAAUCUUUUUACUGCUUUUUCUUGCAUGAAUUUUGAUGAUGGCCAGCAACAAUUCAUCAAGUAUGACGAAACAUCACCAAGAAGCUGCAUCAGUAGCUAGGAGUUACCUUCAUCAUCAUAGUGGUGGCGGUGGUGGUGGCGCUGAUCAUGGUGGCGGCUGCUUAAAACAACCACCAUCAGUAGUUCAACCAUCAGCAGCGGCAGCAUCACCAUCAGCUGUGGUUUGUUCGUAUAAUACUAAUAAUAAUGGGAAAGGUUCCGGUGUUUCUUCUGGAGCAGGAGUUCUUGAGAGUUCUUAUAAUACUAGUACUGCUACAACCAGGUUCCAGCCUAAUCUGCAUGGAAUUUCAAUGGAUUGGACACCAGACGAGCAGGCCAUACUUGAUGAAGGAUUGAAAACAUAUGCUGCUGAAUCAAUCAUUGCCCGUUAUGCAAAGAUUGCCGUGCUGCUAAAGAACAAAACAGUCCGUGAUGUUGCUUUACGCUACAGAUGGAUGACGAAAAGAGAUUUCAGCAGGAGAAGAAAAGACGAUCUUAGUUUGAGGAAAAGUAAGGAAAGAAAGGAAAAAGCAACUGAUCCUUCAGCAAUGUCAUCUCAGGCACUGAUGCAACCAGCCAUUGAUGGUGUUACACAAGAGCUACUUCGACAGAAUGCUCGGGCCUUUGAACAGAUAUCUGCAAAUUUAGCCACUUAUCAGAUGCACAACAACAUUGGUAUUUUCUGUCAAGCCCGCGAUAACAUCUCCCAGAUCUUGAAGAGGAUCAAUGAGCCACCCUACAUGAUGAAGCAAAUGCCAGCACUUCCAGUAAAGGUGAAUGAACAGCUAGCCAAUUCCAUCCUUCCCCAUUCAACUCACCCAAUGCAAUGAGGAUUUGCUGCAUUUUUUCAGAAGCGGUGCUGACCAUUCUGUUUUGAGACAUCUUAACUCUUCAAGCAAAUCCAUAGUAGAUAAAAAGAGGUGGAUUUAGUACCUCAGCAAUUUUGUCAGCUAGCAACGCUGUGAAUGAGAUCAUGUUUAACUGAAGUAUGAAGAUCAGAUUAGUUUUUGUUCUGUUUUGGGUUUGCUGAUUGAAACAACUAAACCUGUUUCAUGUCCAUAUUUUUUGUAGUUAUACAGGUAUACUUGUUAAUUUAUCCAUGAAAUUUCAGCUCAAUGGCUUGUAGUUUGUUCUGAACCCCAUAUUAACACUAAUUCUUGCUUAGGCUCACUUUAGAAUAGGCAACGAUUGGACAUUUAGAUGAAUUUAUCCCAAAUAGCUUUUUUUUU